UCUAUAUUACCCUACAGGUCCUUUCAACAAAGAUGUGCGGCAAACACGUCGAAGUGAUGAUCGAAAGACUUAUUGCGUGAGUGAGGUCAACUUCCGACUUCCACCAUGGAGGGUGUGCGAGUGUCUCACCAAGGGGUGAAGGCCCACACUCCCGAGGGCUCCGCCGGGAGGAUCACGCAGGCCGGCCUGGCCGCCAGGUCACCAGAGGGCACGGCUGCCAAGGGCAUGGCCAUCAAGGGCCACGAAGACCUGUGGGUGGAGAUCCAGGCCAACACCUUCAGGAAUUGGGUGAAUGAGACGCUGAAGCCUAUGAAUAUUAAGGUGGUAGACCUGGUUGAAGACCUCCGCGACGGCACGGUUCUCUGCGCGCUGGUGGAGGCGCUUCAGGGACGGCGGCUCAAGGGCUGGAGCCCCGCGCCCACCAACCAGCACCACAAGCUCGAGAAUGUGACUACCGCGCUUCAGGCUAUUGAAGAUGACGGGGUCAAGCUGGUUAAUAUUGGUAACGUGGACAUCGUCAACGGCAACCUGAAAUUAAUAUUAGGCCUCAUCUGGUCACUUAUCGUCCGCUACCAAAUAGGCAGGAGCAAGUUCCCACCGAGGAAACUCAUGCUCUCCUGGCUCCAAUCUGCGAUCCCGGAGUGCCGCGUGUCCAACCUGACCACCGACUGGAACAGCGGCGUGCUGCUCUCGGCUCUUCUAGACCACUGCAAGCCUGGGAUCUUCCCGCAUUGGAGAGAACUUAACCGCCACGAAGCUGUAGAAAACUGCCGCCGAGCCAUGAAGCUAGCCCACCGCGAGCUCGAAGUGCCCAUGGUCCUGGAGCCUGAGUACCUGGCGUCGCCAUGGCUGGACGAGCUGUCCGGCAUGACCUACCUCUCCUACUUCCUGAAGCCCGGGUCGCCCGGGUACAGGACCACGCUCGAGUGGGUCAACUCGAGGCUGGAGAGGGGUAUCACGAAUUUUACGACGGACUGGAACGACGGUCGCGUGGCCAACGAGCUGGUGCGGUCGCUGGGCGGGCCGGCGCUGCCGCCCAACCGCGUGCGGAAGGACCCCGCGCGCUGGGAGGAGAACAACCAGCAUGCACUGGACGCUGGCAAGAAAUUAGGCGUGCAACCUGUCCUAUCAGCGAAGGACAUGAGCACCAACGAGGUGGAGCACCUCGGCGUGAUGUCGUGGGCCACGCAGUUCCGCAACGUGCGGCCGCGGCCCCCCGUGCACGACAUGCUGCGGGUGGCGCUGGACUCUACGUCAGGGAGAGUGGGCGAGCCGACAUACAUCAAAGUGGAGUCUCUGACCUCGGAGCUGUCUACAUCAGACGUGCGGGUGUCCAUCGUGAACCCCCUGGAGCAGGAGUCCCGGCUGCGCGUGGACGCGCGCGGCGCCGGCGAGUUCGUGCCUGAACAUGCGGGGAUGCACGAGAUUGUGCUCACUGUUGAUGAUAUCAGGGUGGAUGGGAGAUACUUCUUCAGGGUGCUUCCUCGCCUGGUGUCAGUACCGCCCCCGGGCAUGGCGCCCUGUGCUGUGGGCAGCAUAGUCGAAGUACUUGUCAGUGCUACAGGCGCCCCUCGUCGUGAGGACAUCGACGUGACAGCGCACUCCCCGAGCGGGCGCAGCGUGCCCCUGCAGGCGCGGCACCCGCCGCCGUCGGCGCCGGGCACCACGGCUUCCAGUGCCACCUUCCAGCCUGAUGAGGCGGGGACCUGGACAAUAGCCAUUACGUACAAGGGAGAGCAUAUUCAGGGUGGACCAUUCACAUGUGACGUAUUCGACCCGGCUGGCGUGAGACUGAGCCAAGGGGCUCUAGAAGGUGCUGAUCCGCUCAAACCUCACUCCUUCGAGCUCGACACCAGUGGCUGCGGCGCCAAAGGGGACCUGCAACUGGACAUAGUCCACGACAAGAGAUCCGUCAUGUGCGCGCUCGAGAAACUGUCCAACACGAAGUAUAGAGCUACAUUCAUGCCUAAAGCUCCGGGAAAACAUAGGUUGUACAUCUACUUCAAUGGAUAUGACGUGGAAGGCUCCCCGCAUAUGUUCCGUGUGGGGUCACGCUCUAAGAAACAUCGCGCCACCAUCAGCCCGUCUCCUGCCCGGGGACGAGUCUCCAGUCCAAUUACGCGUAUUGGAUCUGAGAGCCCGCUGAACAGCUCAUCAUUCUACGAAUCGAAUACAACGAAACACAACACCAGCUCAUUUGACCGACGCGAAGAUCGUCGAGACUCCAUGGACUAUUACAGCUCAGACUUCAAAGACAAAAGCUAUGACAUGACCGACUCAGCCUACUCCACAUCACGAAUGAACAAGAAGGAUAUCUUCACGACCCGGUACGGGUCAGAAAGCCCAAGGAAUCGCACCGCGAGUCCAAUCACCACCAAACACUUGGGUAGCGGGUCUCGUCUCGAUGUGAACAGAUCCGAUAGUCCCUAUGGGACUACUAGUUCGUAUAGGGCAACUAGUCCGUACCGCGCUACUAGCCCGUAUGCUACGAGUCCCAUCGGGGGUACAUCUAGCCCUUUGUCGAGGAAAGAUAGUCCGUUGAAUAGGACUUCUAGUCCCAUCAACAGGAUGAGUAGCCCGACAGACCGAUACAGUCCGGUAGCCACCACAAAGAAAGUUGUGGAAAAGCGCUCAAAUUAUAAAUACAGUUCGUAUACCGGGUCCCAGGACAACGUGGAUCAAGGGAGCCCAUUUUCUUCUCUGGAAGCCGAUCGGACCAGGAGACUGGGGAGCCCGAGUAAGAUAUUAGAUACGGGAGAUCCUGGAGGGAGAUCGUAUUUAGGGAGAAAGGAUUCAUGGGACACCGUAGAGAAAACGCGGCAACGGCUCAAUGACACGAGCCUGGACGGCCCGGCCCCGGAGAGGUCCUUCGGUCAGAGCACUCUGGAGCGAGAGACCAAGCGCAACACGCAGCUGAACAAGCAGCUCAACAAGUUCUCGGAUCUGUCGCACGACUCCUUCAACCGCCACCUCGACCGGAUGGUUGAUGAGCACGACUCCGACACGUAUGUUAGUCGAUCGGAGAUAAAGAAGCGCGAAGUCCACGAGAGCUCAUCGUACGUAGUGCGCGACUCUUCCUACAGCAGCGUGGAGGAGAAGCAACAGAAACAACAGCAGUCUUUUUUAUCCAAUAGGCCCCCCCGCGACCCAACCGGGGGGGCCGAGUCCGAAACGGAUGCUGCACACAACCGUUUCAGACCAAUACAAAGGGAUUUUCAAAGAGGAGCAAAUCAAAUCACAGUGAAAUCAACAAACAAAGGAGUAAUUGGACAACCUGUAGAAUUCAUAGUGGACGGCAGCUCGGCCGGCUCCGGGCACCUGGAGCUGGAGGUGUCAGGGGCAGACGGCGCGCUGGUGGCCAGUUCUGUGAGACCCCUCGGCAGCCACAAGUUCCUGGCCGCAUUCACCCCGCGCCAGCCGCAGCCGCACGCCGUGAGGGUCACCUUCAAUGGACAACAUGUGCCAGGAUCCCCCUGGACAGUGGAAGUGAUGGCCGGCCCAGCGGGCGGCAGGGAAGGAGAGCCCACCAGACUGAUCCCGGCGAGGGUGCCAGCCGUCUUCGAAGUCUCCACCUCGGCAGGCGCUGCUAAUUUUAGUAAAAAUGAGGUGGGCGUAUCAGUGACGUCACCGUCGCGACGGCCAGUGGCGGCGCGCGUGCUGGACGUGGCCGAGCGGCCGGGGGUCUACCGCAUUGAAUUCACACCUGAGGAAGUCGGCACACACUUGAUCGAUGUACUCAUUGGAGGAGACAAACUGGCGGCUGGUCCUCUGGUGGCGAAGGUGUACGACGCCAGCCUCAUCCGCGUCACCGACCUGGGCAACGCCAUCGUCGACCAACAGUGCCAGUUCAAAGUGGAUGCCAGUGCCGCUGGUGAAGGACAACUAGAAAUUUCAAUAAAUGAAGGAGAAGUUCCGAACCAUGUUCAGGUGGUAGGUGGGGGUAGAUGCUUAGUUUUCUGGCGCCCCGAAGCGCCGACGCCUCAUCGCGUCGAUAUCAAAUUCAACGGAGAACCUGUGCCAUCGUCACCCUUCGUAUUCCACGUAGCACCAGCUCAAAGGGUCACUAUCGACACAUCACAAAUAGAACUUAUACCGGUGGGUGAGUUGGCGUCAUGUUCAGUGCGCGUGGAGGGUUCUGGCGGUGGCGAGCUCACGGUGACAGUGAAGGGGCCACGGGGGGAAGUCCCGGUGCGGCUGACUGGGGAUGCGGUCUCGGGGCUCGUAGCCAGCUUCACCCCCAAGGUGGUCGGGCCACAUACCCUCACCGCGCAGUACAACAACCUGCCUAUCACUGGCACACCAUUCGUCUGCAAAGCAUAUGAUGGAAAGCUAGUGAGUGUCUCGGGAGGAGCAUCAGCUAAAGUCGGAGUUCCAGUCCAGCUGGCAGUGGAUGCAGCACAGGCUGGAGAAGGGAACCUUGAGAUCACUGUCGCUGCCCGAGGACUUAACAUACCCACCCAAGUACAUCCACAGGGAAAUGCCCGCUUCACAGUCUCCUUCACUCCCACAGAAGCCUGUGAUCAUGUAGUCAAUGUAUCAUUCAACAAAAUGCGAGUGCCCGGCUGCCCGCUAGUGAUCGAGGUGUCAGAGGGCAGCGGCGGCGGCGCGCGCGUCACCCUGCCCGGCCCCGCGCCCCUGCACCGCCCCGCCUCGCUCACGCUGCACCACCCCACUGCCACCCUCGAGCAGAUUGAGGUCAAUGUUGAGGGUCCGAACGGCGCGUCGGUGCCGGCGGCGGUGGCGGCGGCUGGAGCAGGGGUCUUCAAGGCCGAGUUCGUCCCGCGGGCCGUGGGCGAGCACAGGUUGAACGUCCUGGUGGACUCACAUCCAAUUCCGGCUAGCCCGUUUCAUUUGAAGGUAUACGACGUCAGUGCCAUUAGAGUGAAAGACGUUGCUCACGGCACAGUCGGCAAACCUGUCACAUUUUUAGUGGAGACCAUGGCAGCGGGCCCCGGCAACCUCGAAGUGACCGUCAACGGCGGGCGCGUCCCGACGGCGGCGGCGGCGCAGGGCGCGCACACGUACGCCAUCAGCUUCACGCCCCGAGACCCUCGCCCGCACACCGUGGAGCUGCGGUUCAACAAUGAUCAUGUUCCUGGCAGCCCAUUCGUCUGCCACGUGUCAGCACCCGCGCGCGUCAUCGGCGCCGGGUCGGGGGAGUCCCCGGACAAGGUGUCGGUGGGCGACGCCUACACGUUCAGCGUGGACUCGCCCACCUCCCCGCAUGUCGAGGUGCUGGGGCCGGCGAGACGACCGGUGCCUGUUCAGGUAUCAGCCGAAGAAACUAUAGGAGAGAAUGAACCUAGCAAAAGAUACACCAUAUCAUUCGUGCCGGUAGACGUUGGCGAUCACAGCAUUGAGGUGCGAGCGGGCGCGACGGGCGGACACGUGGAAGGCAGUCCGUUCCUAGUGAAGGCGUACAGCGCUUCCCGGGUAGCUGUCACUGACAUCGCGCCCGGCAUCGUCGGGAAACCCGUGUCUUUCACUAUCAACGCUUCUCAUGCUGGCGCCGGAAACCUGGAAAUCAUUGUUGCAGUUAACGGAAGAAAUGUGCCAAACUAUGUACAAAGUGAAGGCAAUGCGAGGUUCAAAGUAAACUUCAAGCCAGUAGAAGCGGCCCCGCACACACUAUCCGUCCGGUUCAACGGUCACUCGGUCCCGGGCUCCCCCUUCACGUGCGCGGUGGGCGCGGCGGGGGGCGGCGGCGACGCGCGCGCCUCCGGGCCCGGCCUCAGCUCCGCGCCGCGCGCCGAGCCCGCCGUCAUACAGCUCACUGGAUGCACUGCAGGCGAGCCAACAGUCUACAUCACGGGCCCGGGCGGAGCGAGUUACCGCGCGCGGGUCGCCUCUCUCGGCGAAGGCCAGUACACGGCGACCUACACGCCCGAGGCAGUCGGUCGCCACAGCAUCCAGGUCACCUGCGGAGGCCGCCAGGUGCAGGGGUCGCCGUUCACGUGUAAUGUGUAUGAUGUGCGGAGAGUCAGGGUUACUGGGCUUGGGCCUGGAGAACUGGAAGGCACCCUCGAAGGCCUAAGCCUCGAGACAACAUCCGAAGAGGCGUGCGGCGUGGAGGUGGGCAAGGCGGUGACGUUCAGCGUGGACGCGGCCGGCGCGGGCGAGGGCACGCUCGAGCUCGUCGUCUCCACGCCCACCACCACCGUCAAGGCAGAGGUGGUAGCCGUGGCACGCGGGCUAUACGACGUGACAUUCGUUCCAGUAUCACGCGAGCCGCACCGAGUAUCAGUCACAUUCAAUGAACAAGCUGUGCCCGGCAGCCCCUUCGUGUGCCGCGUCAGCGAGCCGCACACCUCCGUGCAAGUCGGCAGCCUAGCGACGGUGGACAUCGACGACAGCGGGUCGGACGUGGAGGUGCUGUCGCCGACGGGCGCGCGCGUCGCGGACGCACGCGUCGACGACGCCGGCGUACUCAAGUUCCCUGUUAAACGGGUUGGCAGGUAUUUGGUGAGGAGCACAAAAGGCCCAAUAGCCGAGGUGGAAGCGUUAGACGCGUCGGCGGUGAAAGUUCUGUCAGUCGGUGAAGCAGUCGCCCACCGACCCGCCAUACUUACUGUAAGCACAAGCAACGCGGGCGCGGGCCGCCUCUCCGCGCGCGUGACGUGCGGCGGCGCGACCGUCCCGCACUCGGUGCGCGGGCGCGGCGGCUCCCGCGCCGAGCUGCUGUGGCACCCGGUGCGGGCCGCGCCGCACAGGCUCGCGCUGUACUGGGCCGGGGCGCCGGUCGGAGCCCCGUUAGAGAUACCCGUGCGACCCCAGCACUAUAGACAACAGGUCACAGCGUCAGGGCUAGGUCUGUACCACGCGCAAGUGAGCAAGGUGGCGUCGUUCAGCAUCGACACGAUGGGGCGGCCGGCGCGCGAGUUCGACGUGGUGGUCUCCGGGCCCGGCUCCAGGGCUCUGCCCGUCAGGUGCUACCAAACGAAAUCUGGUCUACUGCAGGCUGAAUAUACCAUCACAGAAAUCGGCCAAAGCACUAUUGAGGUGCUCCAUUUAUCGAAGCCGGUGAACGGCAGUCCGUACACUUGCGAGUCGUUUGAUCCGAGCCAGGUGGUGCUGGCGGGUCUACCGACUGGGAACAUCAUCGCUCAAACACCCAUCAACUUCACAGUGGACACAAAAGACGCUGGAGUGGGCGAACUAGAAGUGCUAUGUGAGGCAGUAGACAACGACCGUCGAGUCUGCCUACCCGUCGAGGUGAAGGAAGACGGACACACGCACCGAGUGCGCAUCCGGCCUACCCUGCCCGCGCACUACCGGAUCUAUAUCACUUAUGGUGGAGCACCAAUCCCCAACAGCCCGGUCUCGCUCGGCGUCCUAUCAGCCAGCAGCAGCACCACCUCCCGCUGCUCCGGCACCGGCCUGUCCGCCGCGCACGUGGGCAAGGAGGCCGCCUUCACCAUACACUGCGUGGACGACACCCCGCCCACUGUGCAGGUGGAAAGACUGACAGAACAAAAAGAGGACAAAGACGACACCGACUCAGAUUCGAACCUGCUAGAGUGCCGCGUGGUGGCGGGCGCGGCGCGCGAGUGGCUGUGCGCGUACAUCCCGCUGGCCGUGGGGCUGUACGAGCUGAGAAUCUUUACGCAACACGGCCCGCUGCCCGGCAGCCCCUUCGAGGUUAAAGUAAUAGACACGUCGGCGAUCGUGCCGGUGGGCGGGUGGGGCGCGGACGGCUCGGGGCGGGUCAGGGCUCCGUCUAAACUGGUUCUGGACACCAGCAACGCGGGCCCCGGCACCCUCGAGUGCUUGCUGGCUGGACGGCAUCAACGUGUAGAAACAGUAUCCGGACGCUCCGUCGUAACCCUAACAGCGCCAGAGGGCGUGAGCGGCGAGCAAGAGCUGGAACUCACGUACAACGGAGCGUUUGUGGCGAACGCGCCAAGACGGGCGGUGGUGGCGGGCGCGGGUGCGGCUGACCGCGUGGCGUUGGCCGGCCGAGGUUUGGCGCACGCUACCAACGGACUACCCGCGCUCUUUACUGUCGACGGCAGCGCAGCCGGCCCAGGCACGCCGGAAGCGUCACUAACAGCGCCCAACGGCGAGGCAGUCCCUGUCAGCAUGGCGGCGGCAGGCGGCGGGCUGUGGCGCGCGUCCUACACGCCGCGCCGCUCCGGCGACCACCAGCUGCGGGUCAUAUGGCAGGGGAGACUUGUUAAAGGCUGCCCGCUGACAGUGAACGUGACAUCCGGCACGGAGAGCGGCGACGCGUCGCUGGUGUCGUGCAGCGGCGCGGGGCUGCAGGGCGGCGUGGUGGGCCGCGAGAUCCGCUCGUGGAUCGACACGCGCCGCGCCGGCCCCGGCGAGCUGCAGGCGCACUGCACCGGCCCCAACAAGGUGGCGUACUGCGAACUCUACGAGCACGGCGACGGCACGUUCACGCUGAACGUGAAGCCGGCGGAGGCGGGGCGGCACGUGCUGAGCGUGCAGUUCGCCGGCGACCACGUGCCCGGCUCGCCCUUCGUGCUCAAGGUGGCCGGCGCUCCGGAUCCGUCCAAGGUGAAAGUCUACGGCCCAGGCGUUGAACCGGGCGUGCUGGCCACGUUCCAGUCGCGCUUCCUGUGCGACACGCGCGGCGCGGGCGCGGGGCAGCUCACCGUGCGCGUGCGCGGGCCCAAGGGCGCCUUCCGCGUCGAGAUGCAGCGGGAGAGCCAGAAGGACCGCACUAUAUUGUGCAAGUUCUCCCCGACGGAGCCGGGCGACUACCGCGUGGAGGUGCGCUGGGCGGGCCGCCACGUGCCCGGCUCGCCCUUCCCCGUCAUGAUCUUCGACACGCAGGAGGAGCUGCGCCGGUACCUGCAGGCCACGGCUUCCUGAUAAAGAGAUGGAGACCUUCAUAGCUACGGUGUAUUGAUAGUAUAUUGAUAGUCGUUUGUACAGGGGCACUUAAUGGUCUGUUAAGUGUUAUGGUCAUUUGAAGACCUCUCAAUUACAACUCUCGUAGAUUUGAUCAUUUGUACACAUAACACAUUCACAAGCAAGCGAUACAUAUGACAACAUUCCUGUGUUUUGUAACUUGUAUAAAUGUGACAUCUUGAGCCAACGGCAUCUAUACAUACCCUGAAAUAGUUGGUGGUAGGAGUAUAUUCCAAACUUUAAGGUCACUUUACCAAACAAAACACAGUUGAAUAUGGUAGAUACACGAGUGUUUUAUCAUCAAGUACCCGAAUUAUAGAUAGUGAUUACAUGAUUCGAUAAAGAUAUUCAGCUUUAUCUAUAGUUGAAAGAUUUUAUAUUCUGAUUGUGAAUCUAUGAAAAACAUUCCGUUGUUAAAAGACAACUAUUAUUUUGUUGUAUAACUUAUCUAUAAUUCGAUACACACAUUUUCUAGCGAGAUCAAUUCCACUUUGAAUAAGUUUAAAUGUUGUAGACCACCUGAAUCCAACAAA